AUGCAGCUCGUUUUAAGCAUUCUCCUCUCGGGCUGCCAGUCUGAGGCCGCCUGGAGAGCGGAGGGGAGGGCAGAUGACUUUUUAAACUCUUUUAUGCUGAACUAUGUGAACUUGAUGCGUUCUUUUGCCUCGAAGUUUGAUCGCCUUUCGUCUUGCAAAAUGGAGACGGAGUGGGGUCUCCACUCCGGUGGGGAGGCGAGCCACGGUCGCGACACUCCUCAAGCAGAAGCACGCUCGAUUUCGAUUUCGGCAUUCCACGCGGCGAAAAGAGUAUCUCCUCCAAGGACAAUUCAGGGAGAAGGCCCCCCUCUCUCUGGAGAAUCCAUGUUUAAUCGCGCUGUUGCAAUGGAGAUGGCUAUGGACGAAAUGAGAAAACUUAAGCAAGGGAAGAUGUCGACUGGGUGCUACAUCGAGAAGUAUCAGGCCUUGCUCGCCAGAAGUCCAGUGCUGGACCAGCAGCUGCUCUGUGAUUGGUUCAUAGCAGGGCUAUCGCCCGAGGAGAGGGUGGCGGUAGCAGGUUGGGCAGUGGACAGGGAAAUGUCCGGUGAAAUAGUUGAACUUGCUGAUAUGAUGGAGUUCCUUCGUAUCAAAGAAAGGAAAUACGCCACAAUUACAGCUCUAGCUAAGAUGAAAGACGGCAGUUUUGGAACGGACCCAGAUUUUGAGGCUAUGGAGAUUGGGACAGCUAACACAAAACCGGUCCACAAGGGGACUAGAAGCGGUAACCGGCGGCAGCAAGCGAAUUCGGCACCGAGAAAGCCGGAAAGACGUACCGAUCGGCGUAUCUGUUUCUUCUGUGGUACGCAAGGUCACAUAUGUCGAGAUUGCAGGCGUAUGAAAGAAGCCAAGGACUUACUGACGCUAGACUUGGAACAGCGCCGCUACGGGAGAAUUGCAGGCGUAUGA